GCUGGCCCGCCCAGACACAUCAAAGCUCAGGCAAAACUCGGGCAUCAUGCCGUCUACAGUGGACAAGACAUCCUACCCGCUUGACCACGUCGAGUCAACCGCCUUGAGCGGCAGUGAAAUUGACGAGACAUUUCGCUCCAGCUGCAUCGACCUUGUCUCGUCCGCGCUCGGCGGUAAGGUCCUCGCCCGCUCAGACGAGUGGUUUGCUGACGCGACCAACCUGCUAAUGCCCUACGCGCCCGUCUCCAAGCCGGGGAAGAUGGUCUUUUCCGGCCAGUGGAUGGACGGCUGGGAGACCAGGAGGCAUAACCGCAAGCCCUUCGACUGGGUCGUGAUCCGUCUCGGCGUGGCCUCCGGCACGGUAGACGGCGUCGAGGCCGAUACAGCGUUCUUUACGGGCAACUACGGACCGGCGGUAUCCGUGGAGGGCUGCUUCAGCUCCAGUGACGAGGAAGUCAUCUCUUGGGAGGGCGGACGGGGCAAAUGGGAGACCAUCCUCGACGUCCAGCCCUGUGGGCCGUCGCAGCGUUUCGGCUGGAAGCUCGCAACCGCCUCGAACAAGGCGUAUACCCACGUGAGGCUCAACAUGUACCCAGAUGGUGGCAUCGCGCGAUUCCGCCUCUGGGGCCACGCGGUGCCCGUGUUUCCCGAGGACAAGAGCGCCAUAUUCGAUCUCGCUGCCGCUCAGAACGGCGGCAUUGCCGUCUCUUGCAGCGACGAGCAUUACACGUCCCCUAGCGACCUGCUCCUGCCCGGGCGCGGCACUGACAUGAGCGAGGGAUGGCACACGGAGCGAUCACGGGAGGUGGGUCACUCCGACUGGGCCAUCAUCAGACUUGGAGCCCCCGGCUACGUGCGCAACUUCAUUGUCGAUACCGCCCAUUACAGGGGUAACUUUCCGCAGCAGGUGGCCAUCGAAGCUCUCGCGUGGGAAGGCGAUGGGGAGCCGGAUGCCACCGACUCGGCCUGGCAAGGGGUUGUGGCUCCGACUGAUAUGGGGCCGGACCAGGAACAUGACUUGCCCAGCAGUAAUGGAGGGACUGUUUUCACCCACGUCAAGCUCAUCAUUAUUCCAGAUGGAGGACUCAAGAGGCUCAGAGUAUUCGGUCGCAGAAGUAUGUAGAAACAGACCAUUAGAUAUUAGAGUUCAGUACAGUUUGAAGCUUCCAUGCAGGCGGCC